UGAUUUAAAUUCAUUACUCUCUUGGCAACCCUUCCAGGGAGAUCCCUACGACGAUCGAUCACGAUCGGUACCGUUGUAAGGUACUCACUCUCCGUCUCCGUCUCUCUCUUCCACGUCUCAAACGCCAAUUUUUUUUUAUUUCUUCCACCAUUCUCCUUGAUGCAGUCAGUGGAUGGUAGGCGGUUGACUAACUGACUUUUUUUCAGACACCCCAAGCCGACGGACUAUCGACUAAACAAACUCAUAAAAUCACCCAGCGACUCUCAGCGACGAGGUGACUGACUAUACCCCCCUUCAAUCCAAUUCAACCUGCUGCGUGGGGUGCACUCACUCUCUCACUCUCCCGCUCCGUUGUUUUGGGGUGGUUUUGUUUUCGGUGAGAGGCUCCCGCUCUUCGUCAUCGCCCUGGUCCGGGAGGUGACUCACCGACAGACGGUCGUUGGUUGCCAGUUGAGCAAUACGCGUGUGUCGAGAGUCCGUGAGUCCGUGUGCGCUGCUUCGUGUCCCCCUCAUCAUACAUUAUUGUGACGUCCGCCGACGUCGUCUCGAUUCGCUGGACGGUUGGUGAUCACCGAUCGCCGUGCCUUAUCACAUCCCAUUGCUUGACAAUAGCUCGGCGGGAAUCGUCCAGAAGCAGACGACGAAGAAGAAGUUUCCAUCCCGAAUUGUUGAGGCUGGUGUCUCUUCUAUUGUGUGUGGAUCGUCGUUUUUUUUUUUUUUAAUGGGACGAUCGUGUUUGUGUCGUUUGUUCGCGUUCGUUGGGGUUCCGUUCCGUUCCGGCUGGAUCGGUUUUCAUUCAAGCGCUUGUAUGUAACGAACUUUGUGUUGUACAUACCGAGGAGGAGGAGGAGGAGGAGUGCGCGUUCGUUUCGUAACGUUACGCUACGGUGAUCACGAGCUGCUGCUGCAAAGUUUUCGGGUGUGCGUUACCUGAUUGGAUGUGUUCUGGUGUUGUUGCCGAGUGUGGGUUGUCCAUCCAGGAACCGAAACGGACAGGUUGCAGUGAUCAAUCGGAUAAUUUCGGGACUCGACUGGCUGAAGCAUUGCGGAGCCACGUUAAUUGUAGCUGUAGUUUACGAGUUGAGUGCGCCGGGCUGCUGUGAAACAAUUGCUUUCCGAAUCGUAAAUUGUUUUCCCCAAACAGCUGUGUGCAUUGUUAAGUCGUGUGUAGCUACAUGGUGAGAAAAAAAUAAAUAAACCGCAAGGUUAUGGGCCCCUUUUCUCUGUUGGUUGUUAAUGCCCCUUGGCUUGCACGGUGCUGUUUCGUUAGGCUGUUAUUGAUGUAUUGUUAUCGUUAAUAGAUAAAGGAGGAAAGAUGAAGCAGACUUAACGCUACGGAAAGCAGUUAGGGAGAUAACGCAAAAUUCACUCCGUCUCCGGAGCCGUGAGCUUCUUCUGAGAGUGAGAUGAGAAAAUUAGAUGAUUGCCAUUAAUUAAAUUAGUGAUUGUGUGAAAAUCGGGCCGCUCGUCCAAUUUGAAUUGUUCGUGAAGAGAGCAGCAGUGUGAGCAGGCAAAAAGUGCAUUGGGAGGGAAGCAACUCGUAAAACCGUAAACGAUCCGUCGGUGUUCGGAACGGGUAGGGUAGUGACGACGGUGAGGAGUUUCGCCGCCGUCGAUGCAUGGAGGAGCAUCGUCGAGAUCAAUGGCCUGUAUCGAAAUCAUCCUAGUCAAAGAAGAUGCAAUCUUCUGGUGGUGCUGAACUUCGACAUGGACGACGGGGCAAAGUGAUGACGAUAAUGAGCUGCUCAUGAAGCGGAGGUUUACACACUAAAUACAUACUCUGGCGCACACACGCACGCUAAUUGGGAUGUUUUAUUUUUGGUGAAGAUUUCCGUUACGAGCUGAAAGCAAAAGCAGAAGAAAGUUGGCAAAUUUUUUGUGCUGGUAAUUGGUGUCGUGUACCUAGGGGCUAGUGUGUGUCGGAAGAUCUGUGUGGAAGAGUUUCCGGGUGCGGCGAGCUAAGUGAUUGUGAUUUUUCUCGAAAUAGAGUGCAGUGUUUGGGAAGCGAUUUUUGGAUAAUUCACCGCAGCGGAAAAGAUUUCAUCGUUGGAGUUAUCGAGACACGCCGAGGGGUCGGCAACUGCACGUGGAUGUGAUUUCUGAAUGAGUGACUUGUGCACACUGGGUUCGCACCCUGGUAUGGAGUGUGUGCCACUGAGAUCUCCAGCAGACCCGUAUCACUAUCAUCACGUCACCGAUCAAACAAAGUCACUACAGGAAUUGCAGAAUGAAGUCGGCGCUCUGUUGGAAUUCCGCGAUCUGGUUAUCGAGACCUUUCCCGACCUUAAAACAAAGAUGGCAUCGUCCGCUGCCAACAGCACACUCACCGGCAUCCCGUCGUCAUCGCUGGCAUCCAGACGCGAGUGGGAGCCCGGGAUACGGUCCCGGCGGAAACUGACCUACAAGGAGUCUACGUCGGUGGCGUCAUCGGCGGCGGCAGCAGUGGCAGCGGCAGCGACCGCAGUAGCGUCGUCGUCCUCGUCCGCCGAGCUCCACCAGCACUCGUCGUCGUCGCUGAUCCGCAGCAGAAGCAACUCGCACAGCGGCAAAAAGGAACCAAAGAGCGGUGAGGGCAACAACGGUAGCGUCGUGAUACAGGACUCGGGCUUCUCGACCGAGACGUCCUCGUCCAAGGAGACACACAGUGCCUCGUCGACGACGGGUGGCGCCACCAACAGCGGUGGCAGUAGCAGCGGCAGCGGUGGCCUCGUCGGGCAGGGAACUAUCGUAUCCAAUACGCCCAAUCGACUAACUGUAGAUACCGAAGAUGAACUGUGGAACUUACUAGAUGUGAUACAUAGGAAAAGCAAUCGACUUCGGGAGGAGGUGGAUGCGCUGCAGCAGCUGGAGCGGGAAAAGUAUCGAACGAAUCAGCUGAACAACAGCAGCAACAGCAACAGUAACAACAACAACAACAAUAACAUCAAUAAUCACACGACCGUCGUUAGCAGUACUAGUAAUAUUAAUAAUAUCGUUAAUCAUAGCAGUAGUAGUAGAAGUAGUAGUGGUAGUAGUGGCAGUAGCGGCAACCUUCCUCAAACGCAUCAGCCGCCGGGCGUUCGGAGUGCCAACGGUUCGGUCGUCGCCGUCGGUGGCGGUGGCAGCCUAGCGAAAACCUUUCAAAAUCAGCUUCUAGUGGACAUUGUAAAUAAGGAUGAUGUACAAAUUCUGCGGAAGGAACGGGAUCGACUGUUUGACAAGCUGUCCGAGUUCGAGACGGAAGCGAUCGCUAGUCGGAUACGGACCUCGAAGAUGCAGGACGAGGUCGACGCGCUGGCACUAGCCAAGCGUGAACUGGAAGACCAACUCAAAGCGGCCCUAAGUCAGAAGCUAGAACUUAACAGUAGGAUUCAUGAUCUCCAUCAGCAGUUUGCGAACAAGAGUGCGCCUAGUUCUCCGGAUUCCAUCAAAAGUCGGCACCAGUUGACGCCGGGUCUGCGGAAGCAUUCGUCAUCGGAUUCCACCACCAGUACCAUCAUCGUCACACCUUCCUCCCAUCUAUCGACGUCCCCGUCGUCCGGUAGCCAAUCGACGACGCCGGCUACGCAUCUACUUAAGCCGCGCUUUAGUCAAUCGAGCUUCGCGCCCGUCAAGAGCGUUAGCAGUAGCAGCAACAACAGCAACAGUAGUAAUACGAAAGUUCCCGUUCCGACGGUUCCGUCGGCUGUGAUAGCGGCAAGUGCCGUCGAACUGCAGCAGGAGGAGAUCGCCGAGCUGGGCAAGCUGGACGGACUGGUGAGUUCGCCGGCGCGGCUCAGCAAGGUGCGCAUGACUGAUUCGAAAAAGAUUGCCGCCAUCCUGCUGGAGACGAACAUUGUCGAACUGCAGCGACAUCUGCUGACCAUUACGGUGCAGAACCAGGUUCUACAACAGCGGCUGGACCAUGCGACUCGGUCACGGAUCUUCCUCAGCAAGAAGCUGGACAAAUCGAAGGAGGACAUGGACGAUCUCAAGUUUAAGCUCGAAGAGAAAACCAUCGAACUGGAGGGUACCAAAGCUCAACUGCGGGUGCUGGAAUCCAAACAGAGCGGUAAGUCCUCCUCGUCGUCCGGUUUCAGCCCGGAGCACCACCAUCACCAUGGCAGCACCACGACGUCACCGUUAAUUACAUCCGCCGGUGCCGCCGCCUCAGCUACCUCCACCAUGCUGAAGGGGCCUACCGCCAGCACCACCUCGGUGGUGGUAACUACUUCGGCCGGUGGUAUCGUCAGCCAUCAGCAUCGAUCCGCCUCUACCUCGGAACUGGCCCAACUGUCGCCAGUUCACCAGCUUCAUCACCAUCAACAGCUGCAGCAGCAGCGGGAUCUGGCGCUAAGGCUGGCCCAGUCUCAGGUUUCCACGCCCAGCAUGAAGGCGAUGACACCGCUGGCCAUGGACGAGAUCCAGCAGCACUCCAGUAGUACCGAGUCGGCGCAGGAUCAGGCCGAGCGGGAUUCACCCGGCCGACUGCAGUGUCCGGAGACUCCACGGAGGAGGCCCAGCAAGAUUCCCCUCGCGGGGACCAAGGGCUACGUGGCGCCCAAACCUCCUUCCGGGAGAAAUUUCAUGGCCUCGCAGCAGCGAGGGGAGAAGAGUUCCCCCUCGCCAUCCGCUUCGUUGACAAACAAGUCACUAAACAAAAGCACCGGUAGUUUGAACAUGAAAUCGACCGGGCCGAGCUCGAUAACCAGUGCUAACAAGGACAAGAAGGACGUGAGUCUGAACCGUCCCGAGUCGGCUCAAAGCUGGCGUCGGGACACAUCUCUCGAAAAAAGCCGUAGUUCCUCAAUUCCGGUCUCCAAAGGAGGUGGUGGUGGUGGCUCGCCGACGGUGGUCAAACCGCCGUCGGUGGUGAGCAGCUCACCGCUUCCGAAGGCGAAACGGGACUCGCUAACGACACGGGUAAAAAAUUUGGACUCGCUUUCGCGGCUCCAGUCGGCGGCAUCGGCCUCGACCGGCAAUCUGAGCAAGUCCAGCUCGAAGAAAGAUCUGAGUUCCAGUUUCACGACCGGACAGCUGCGCGACCGGAAGCAAAGUGCUAGCGCGAUCCGCCGGGUCAGUAGUGCUUCCAUCGGACGGGGCUCCUCGUCGUCUUCGGCGGCCGAGCAGAAUAACAAUAACGGUUCUUCCGCGGGGGCCACGGCCGAUUCCGGCCCGACUGGGGGCAGCGGCUCCGGCGACAGCGGAAAGGCCCGAAGAACGAACACUUUCCGACUGGCCAAACCAACGCUGAUGCCACCGCUAGAAAUCACCUCCAUCGGGCCGAAGUCGCCACGGGGCCGUUAUGCUAGCAAUCUUCCUAUCCCUCGGACACCAACUGCACCGGCCCUGAUCAUAACCUCGUCCUCUCCGGUGGUCCACCAUCCGCCAUGUUCCAGUUCGUCAUCCUCGUCGUCAUCGGCCGGAUCAUCCCCCUCGUCGGUGACCACCAUCACAACGAUCGAGUCGCAUUCAUCUUCCACAGCUGCUCCCUCGCGGGAUCUCAUCGCCGAGUACCUCGCUGCCAAAAGCCGAAGCCAGCAGGCUCCGGCCAUCUUCAAUCCCAAGCUCACGCCAACCGGUUCCGCCGAAGAACAGCAACAGCUGGAACUGGCCUACAAGCAUCCGAUUCUCCUGAUGGACGAAGAGGAGAACGUCGCCUUCUGCAGUGUCGUCUCGAGCAUGGGCAACGAACGGAACCGCGAGGUCGAGGUCAAGUAUAUUGAAGACAACUCGAUGGAACUGCUGGAAGCCAAGGCAGAGGAGAUGGGCGAAGGCGAGAAGGAAUCGUUGAUCGUGCCCAAACCGAAGAUGAUUGCAUUCCACUCGCCGAAGACGAGUCCGGUAAAGGCCGUGGAUGACACCGACGGUAAGUGCCGACUCGUCGGACGGGUCAACCCGAAUAUCCUCAAGACCUGGGAACAGCUGAGCGGCGGCGGAAGUGAGAAGACCUACUGCGAACACAAGCGUAAGAACAGUCUGAUAACGGUGACGUCGUCGGAGAACAGCGGCGGCGAUAAGCAAAGCUGCCUGAUCUACUACCGCAAUCCGUACGAAAUCGAGCCGGACGAGGAAGCGAACGGCUUCCGGGUGAUGAAGAUCCGACACCGGGAGUCGGUGAGCGAGAGCUCGACGACGGUUGCCGACGAGGAACAGCAGGAGGCGGCACAGACGACGAUUUCGCUGGCGACGUCCACCGCGACCACCACGACGACGACCAGCUCCGAGGGUUGUUACGAUUUCUACGACAGCAUCGAUGAUAGCAGCAGUAACCGGAUGAUGGUGUGUGGCAGGAUGGAAGUGGACGAGGACGAGGACGAGGAGGACGAGGAGGAGUAUGCGCUGGCGGCCGGGGAAGGACUGGCCGAUUUUACCUCGCUGGAUCGGAAAAAGCUGAUGUGGUCGAUCGAUGUGGAAUGAGAGUUGAA